CGGCCCGAGGGAUCCCGGCCGAGGGGGCGCAGGGAUCUGCACGAGGUAGGUCGCGGCUAAGCCGCGCAGGCCCGAGCAGGAUGUUGUACGUGCUCCCGCAUCUGCACGAUGGCUGGCAGGUAGACCAGGCCAUUCUUUCCGAGGAGGACCGCGUGGUCGUCAUUCGGUUCGGCCACGACUGGGACCCCACCUGCAUGAAGAUGGACGAGGUUCUGUACAGCAUCGCUGAAAAUAAAUGGAAGAUAGUGGGAGAUCUUCCUCAUCUGUUAUGAGCCCUGUUUG